UACGGCAAUAUUUCAAACUUAACCUCACUUGCAAAGAAAACAUGAACUUCAAGGGCUCUCAAUAGAAAAAUGGUUAUCAGGAAAGUAAAAGAAAAGAAUAUUUAAUUAAUGCAAGAAAAAUAUAAAUUUCAAGGAAUGUUUUGGAAAUUUAAUGAAACUGCAAGUUAUUUAAUAUUUUGACAACACUGCCAAAAAUUUGUAGUGUACAAAAAAAGAAAGAGAAAAAUUGUUUAUUUUCAACGAAAUUGUAUUAUUAUUGGGUGAAAAUUUCAAAUGUCUUCAGACGAUGAUUUUGAGAGGCCCUUUGAGGAUAUUGAACCUCCGCAAUGGGCUGCUUUAAGAGAGAUAUGUCAGGCAAAUGUUUCAUAUUUUGCUGCAGGACAAGAUGACAGCAGUAUAAGGAUAAAGGGUGCAUUAAUUGCGUGUUUAGAUUACUUGGGACAAUUGUAUCCUAUUUAUAAAGAAAUUGCUAAAAUAGCACCGCAAUUUGAUUUUGAUUCAAAAACACCUGGAAAUGGAUAUAGAAGUUUUUUAAUUUUAGUUGACAAAUGCAUUUUAUACACUUGCAAUGUUUCUCGUCGAAUGUAUCGUCAGAAGGAUUUUUUAUUUUUCUCCAAAACUUUUCAUACUAAAGAAAUUGAGACUUGUUCGCAACUUUUGGCCUCAUUGUUCACUUUAUUACAACAUCUACAAACUCUUUACUCCUGGAGUAUAGCAGAUGAAAACAAAGAACCUUCUCUAUUUGCUUCAGAAGAUCAUGGUCCUCAAGAACUUUUAAAUCAAGCUGAAGCUGUCAAUCAGUAUUGUUUUUACGGCAGAUGUAUAGGAUUUCAGUUUUGCAGUAGUAUGCAAGUAAUAUUGAGAACAAUAUCGAUUUGUAUGGCUGCAUUUAGUGAAUCAUUUUUCCCAAAAGGAAACGUAUUGGAAAGAUGGGGCAAUUCUUUAAAAUAUGUAUCUGAUCCUGAAGCAAAAGCUCGUUGUCUAGUUAACAUAUCUCAAAAUGCAGAUAUUUCUUUCUGCAAAGCAUUUUGGUUGCUCAACGAAUCGGGUAUAGCACAGAUUUAUCCAUCAAUUGUGAUGCCAACAUUAGCCAUCAAUCAAAUUAUUUCCAUACCACCUGAAGAAAUGAAUCUUGUUACACUGGAAAAUAAUCCAGUUUCUAUUCCAAUACCUACGAGUCAUAUUGGAAAGAAACCGAUACAUGUCAGAUUAAUGAGUGCUAAGCGAAGAAUAGGAAUGGUAGGAUCAGGAAGUGUGGGAGGUCGAUUAGAAAAUCAAUCUGAUGUUCUUGUGAUACAUUGUCAUGGUGGUGGAUUUGUUGCGCAAAGUUCCAAAUCACAUGAAGUUUAUUUACGCGGUUGGGCUGUGAGUUUAGACGUGCCAAUUUUGAGUAUCGAUUAUAGUUUAGCGCCCGAGGCUCCAUUUCCUCGUGCUCUAGAGGAAAUUCUCUACACUUACGCCUGGGUAUUAAAUCACUCAAGUACUUUACUGGGCAGCACAGCUCAAAAAAUUAUUUUCAUAGGGGAUUCGGCUGGUGCUAAUUUAAUUUUAGGAACAACUCUCAGAUGUUUUGAAUUGAAUAUUCGAAGACCCGAUGGAAUAUUUAUGGCCUAUGUGCCUGUUUGGGUGGAAUUUAUUCCAUCACCAGCUCGUUUACUUUGUCUUACGGAUCCAUUGUUACCAUUAGGUUUUAUGAUGAGAUGUUUAAAAGCCUACGCUUUAGGAAAUACAAAAAAAUCUCAAAUGGAAAAUGACGAAAACGACGAAAGUUCCAAAUCUGAUACUGAAUCAUUUGCAGAAGUUAGUGAAAGUGAUUUAAUUGCUUUGGCUCUAAGUCCUAAUGGCGAUGAAGAUGGGCCUAAAAUUUCAUCAUUACCUUCGGAUUCAACUUUGAAUUCUGUUAGUUUAGCUGAUGUGGAUGGUGCACAAGCAUCAGAACUUCCAGAAGAGAAAGCAAAGUCUCAGGAGUAUAUACAAAAAUUUUUGAAUUUAUAUAAAAAUUCUAAUUUACGUUCGUCUUUUCCCGUUUUAAAUGGAAAUAAAGGAAAAGAUAGUGAAGGAUCGACAAGCUCAAAGUCAUGGUCACUUUUUGGUUGGAGUUCGAAAAAAAGUGACGAUGACAAAAUGGACAAUAGUGGCGAGAGAAGUCCUCUCGAUGAAUUUGUAUUCAAUGUUCCUCGUCAUCCACUCUUGAGUCCUUACCUCGCUUCUGAAAGUAUUCUCAGCCAAUUUCCACCUGUUAAAAUAUUGACGGUGGAAUUUGAUCCUUGCCUUGACGACUGUGUAAUGUUUGCCAAGAAACUUCUAAAACUUGGAAAUUCGAUUACACUCGAUAUACUUCCCGGCCUACCUCAUGGAUUUUUAAAUUUUUGCUUGAUCUCUAAAGAAGCAGCAGAUGGUUCAGAAUUAUGUGUAAAACGAAUACAAGAAUUGAUUGAAAUGGCUAAAGAAAGAUCUUAAUUAAAUAUAUUAUAUACAGUUCUCUAUAUUGACAAAUCCAUCCACUUGAAUUGAUAAAUGUGCAAUUUCUUAUCCAAAAAAGGAAAGUCCGUAUGUUUCUAAUGAGUUUUUAAUUUUUAUCUGCUGUUUCAUAAGCAAAGACAAAAAAAAUAUUGCACUUGAGUCCAAUUUUUUCGCCAAUAUAUUAUACAACAUUAUUCACAGUUUGUACUAAAAAACAGAUGUAAAUAUUUUAAUAUCUACAAAUUUUUCUCCAAUCAA